CGCGAUCCUCAUGUCUAUGGCGGCUUGAUGGACGGGGUGGAGCCGACUGGGGAACGAGCGGCCAAGGGGGAGGACGUUGGUGAGGAAGAGACAAAGAAAGUUGAAGCAGAAGAGGUACUUGUUGACCAACAAACAACAAACACUCAGACUACAGCCACGGACAACGAGGUUCAAGCUCAAGAUGGAACCAAUAGCAGUGACGUCAAUAGCCAACGCCGCAUAGCUCUCCCUCCAUCCCCAAUGCCUAAUAUCGGGGACCUCUCACUGCAUUCUCCGUCGUCUGCCAUAGUUGGCACUCCAUUCUCCGAUUUGCAUUCAGCACGGUUUGAAUACCCGUUUCCAGACCCAAGUUCUGGACCGUCAAGCUCACCGGAAAUUUCGCCUUCGUCCUCUGCUUUGACCUCUACCUCUCAACCCCAACUUGCUAUCAACGCGCCGCCCGCGUUGCAACACUUUCCGGCCUCAUUUCCUUCCCCGGCUGAACUGCCAGCCUAUUCUCCGACACAUCCAAGAAUGCGCACCGUCUCACCACCACCCGAACCGCCUUCUAUCGCUAAACGGCGUCAACGGUGGACAUUGGGGCUCGGUACCCUCGCUCGAAAAUUAUCUCGCAGCGGUAGCGCCCCACAUCCCAGUCAGGCUGUUACUCCUCCACCAGAGCAAGAGGGCAGCGGCCAUCGCAGGGUCAUGAGCGAUGAGAAUAUCUCCAAAGGCACAACGCCACCACAAAGUUGA